AGCAGCGAUGGCCGCUUUCCGCAGAGUGGCAACGCUGGCCGGUAAGCUUAACCUCUGGUCGGCGGCGAGAAACGAGCUCGUCGGCGGUCAGACGGCCAGUGGAGGAAGGGCACGGAGGUGUCUGGCAGUCGGUAUGUGUCUUGCAACGGGAGGCGCCGUGGCUCUUUACUUCUACAACGAUAUGACGAGCGGCGGAGGCAGGAAGAGGAUGGAGAGACACAGCAUCAACGAUUUACUACCGUCCAUCCCGACCGUCGAAGCCAAGGAGAAGGCACGUCCCUUUGACUUCGAAGACGGAGACGUGUACAUGUCGUCCCAUGAGCAUCGCUUCCGCAUGUUCAGUUCUGUUGAGUAUGAAGGGCAGCUGUACAUGACUCCGCAGAACUUCAUCGAGUCGGUCACCAUGAGUGAACCAAGAAACAAGAGGCCCUGGAGGUCCCUGACCAAACAGGAGCUGGAGAAGAUCCUGUCAGAAACUCCACCAGUAUGGAGAGGAUCCUCCAAGCUGUUCCGCAACCUGAGAGAGCGAGGCAUCAUCUCGUACACAGAGUACCUGUUCCUGCUCUGCAUCCUGACAAAGCCCCAUGCUGGCUUUAAGAUUGCUUUCAAUAUGUUUGAUGCAGACGGCAACCAGAUGGUGGACAAGAGGGAGUUCUUGGUGCUUCAGGAGAUCUUCAGGAAGAAAAAUGAGAAGAAAGGGAGGAAAGGAGAUGCUGAAAAGUCAGCGCAGUUGAGUAUGCAGCUGUAUGGAUAUCAGGUUGCCCCCAUGAACAGCGUGCUAAAAAAAGACAGUCAGGAGUUUGUGGCGCGGAGUUACUGGGACGUUCUGAGGCGAGGUGCCAGUCAAGUCCUCUUUUCUGACCUUGCAGAGCGCUCAGAUGAGAGUAUUACGAUCGACACCACCCUACUGGUCCAUUUCUUUGGGAAGAAAGGAAAGGCAGAACUUACCUUUGAUGACUUCUACAGAUUUAUGGAUAACCUGCAGACGGAGGUGUUGGAAAUUGAGUUUCUGACCUACUCUAAAGGAAUGACCACCAUCAGUGAAGAAGACUUUGCCAAAAUCCUGCUGCGCUUCACUAAUGUGGAGAACAUCAGUGCCUACCUGGAGAACGUCCGUCAGUGUAUACCUGACGAGAAGGGAAUCACCUUUGAUGAGUUCAGGUCCUUUUUCCAGUUUCUCAACAACCUCGAGGACUUUGCCAUCGCCAUGCAGAUGUAUAAUUUUGCUUCUCGCUCCAUUGGACAAGAUGAGUUUGCGAGAGCAGUGUAUGUAGCCACUGGACUGAAGCUGACGCGUCAUCUUGUAAACACCAUCUUCAAGAUUUUUGAUGUAGAUCACGACGAUCAGCUCUCCUACAAGGAGUUCAUCGGCAUCAUGAAGGACCGGCUGCACAGGGGAGCCAGGGGCUAUAAAGCUGUGGCGCGCGCCACCUCUUUUAGAUCCUGUCUGAAGAAGGAACUGGCAAGCAGCAGGUGAAGGGCCAACGCUACACCUUCUUCUCCAGCUGUGUUCGCUCUGAGGCUAGAAGACAAAUGCACCAUCUCUGGAGGAGGUACAAGGAGAAGUCAUAGAGGAAGACACUGACAGAAG